AUGAAGGCUCCAGAACGUCCUGGUGGUGGUGCAUUGCACGGGUCGACCCCCCGACUUGGCUACGUGGCCUCCAACUCAGGAGAGACGCUGGUCCUGCCCUCCACCCCAACACCAGCUGGUGGGCAGCCAGGAAGCCUGGAGGAUCUUAUAGGACCCUUGCUGGAUCAGGGAACCCAGGAACGAAGGACGAGCCGGGAAAGUGAGGCCCGGAAUGGAAUCAGAAGAACCUCCCUGAGGGUGCUCAAGCGACCCAAACAUCAAGCGCUGAUUGCUGGCGCCCUAGCCCAGCAGGAGGCAGCCUAUGAGGAGAUCCUAGAUCAGCUUUAA